CUCGCUUUGACUGCACGGCUCAUGACCAGUCAGACGACCCAGCUUCACACCAGCGGAGAAGUUCACGGUUUUUGUGGAGGGAAGCAUUACCAAGUCGCCGUCGUUUCUGGUUCAUAGCGCAUGCCCCGCGGAGACACCAUGCGCACUUUUCUCACCAGAACGACCCCAGAUUCUCAAACGUUGGUCCGACAGGCUGGUCGUGGACGUGUGAUGCCCUUUCGAGCUUCACAGAUUCGCUAACCCGCGAAAGGUGCGCGCCUAGCGCUUACAAAGGCCGCCCGGCCAUCGGCCGCGCUGAUGCAGCCCGACCAACGUGCCCAAAUGCUCACCAACGGUUUAGUCACUGGCACCCUCUAUUCGUCGCCCUCUCCGUCAUCUUACGUUGUCGAAACGUCAUCGUGAUGCCGCCUGUUGUGCCUAGCGCCUUCGCCUGAGAGCUCUGGCGCGCGUCUAGACUAAAUUUGGACCCCAGAGCCCGGAGGCAACAAGGUGGUUGUGGAGGGGGUGAACUGAUCCCCACGAAGUUGUGGACCUCUUUAGGUAUUCCGGUUUUUCAAACAGGCCGUCGCUGGUAUGGCGGCGCGCGACGAGAUCGAGGCGCUGAGAGCGGUCUCUGGAGAUGUAUUGGAGCGCAGCAGGUCAUCUGCGUUGCGAUUGCAUUUCACUAUGAGGAGAGUUCGAACGUUCAACGCUUUGUAUCGUUAGGAGAGCAUACUGCGUUGCGCCUCCCGAACAGUCAUCGGUCAAGAUCCGUUUCUUCGCUCGGAUGCCCCUUUGAACCCUCGUUCGUGAAUAUGAGUCAACUGGUCCCUAUAUUCGCGCUACCAGUGCCUGGACCUUUGCAAUGGAGCUGAAUGCCGACCGCUCCUCUGUCAUGCUGCGUUGACAUGUCCGCCUCUUUUGGAAGGGUUAUGUCAUCCUCCGCGUCCGCAUCGCUCUGAGGUCACACAUUGCGAUGCUGACUGUCACUAUAAAGACGGAGGGCCGAAGGUUGUGUCCUCCACCUCUUGUCUUGAACGGUCUUUGUAUCUUUCACCUCUUUUCUUCCGUAUCCUGGUGUCCUGCGGCAUGGCAGUUUCACCUUCUAUCAUCGACGUUCGUCCAAAGGCAAUUGCCGUCGGCAAUGCCGGCCCGGCUGCGGAGGCCUCUCACACAGGCUCCGACGGCGAGCUCGGCCAGCAGAUCGUAGAGGGGCUCUCAGCUCCAGCAGGCCAGAAGACAAUGCCGACGAUGUUGCUCUAUGACGAGCGCGGUCUGCAAUUGUACGAUGCCAUCACGACGGAAGCGCCUGAGUACUACCUCUUCGCGGCGGAAGAGGACAUUCUGCAGCGCCACUCCAAGGACAUUGCACAAGCCAUGCAUGUCCGUUCGGACAGCGUCGUUCCCGGCGAGACAAUUUUGGAGCUUGGAGCCGGUGCCUUGCGUAAAACGUCUCAUAUCCUUGGAGCGCUUUCCACACUUGUGUCCUCCUCUUCUUCAACCCCACCCAUCACCUACUACGCUCUCGACCUCGAGAAGCGAGAGCUCGAACGAACGCUCAACGAACUAUCCAACUCUGAAGUCGGCAAACGCGUCUCCGGCAAGAUACAGCUCAAAGGCAUGCACGGCACAUACGACAGCGGCCUCAAGUUCGUCGAGGAGGGCGGCCUCCACACGACCAACCUGUUCAGCGAGGGUCUCGACCUCGAGCGCUUCCGCGUCAGAGAUGGGGACGCUUUCAACGACCGCGACCUCUCCCCCGGCGACUACUCUUCGGGCUCGUCCUCCUCGCGGAGCCACAGCCCCUCGCGAGGAACGGACGCGACGGCGCUCACGCCCGACGUCUACCAGGCACCCCUGCAUAUGAUGUUCCUGGGCUCCUCUUUGGGCAACUUCAAGCGCGGCGAGGACGCUGCGUUCCUGCGCUCGCUCCCUCUGAGGCCAGGCUCUGGCGAUACGCUGCUCAUUGGGCUGGACCACAACAGCGAUAAGGCGGACAUUGAGCUGGCGUACAAUGAUCCGCAGGGGCACACGCGCGAGUUUAUUCUGAACGGGCUCAAGGCGGCUGGGAGCGUUCUGGGCGACGAGACGCUCUUCGAUAGGGAGAACUGGGAGUAUGUGAAUCAAUACAACGAAGCGGAACAUCGUCACGAGGCGUAUUACAAGUGCAAGCGUGACCAUUCGAUCAAGCUCGUGGCGGACAAGCCUGCCCAGUCGUUCCUCAAGGGUGAAACUGUUCGCAUCGAGGUUUCGCAGAAGUUCUCCGAAGAAGACACCGUGAAACUGUUCACUGAUGCACAGUUGCGCCCGAUCCAGCGCUGGACCGACAGCUCGGCGCGGUACUCGCUCUGGCUGCUCGAGCGCCCGCCGUUCAUGUUCCCCAUCCAGCCAACGCCCUCCGCCGUUGUGGGCACGGAGACGCGCUUCGGCGUGCCGUCUGUGCAGGAUUGGCAGGACAUGUGGGCUGCGUGGGACUUCAUCACGCUGCGCAUGAUUCCGCCUUCGAUGCUGUUCCAGAAGCCUAUUGAUCUGAGGCAUAUCUGUCUUUUCUACCUCGGCCAUAUUCCGACGUUCUUGGAUAUCCAUUUGUCGAGGCUUUUGGGAGAGCCUCACACGAAGCCUGUGCACUUCAAGGAGAUCUUUGAGCGCGGCAUCGAUCCUAACGUAGACGACCCGACACAAUGCCACUCCCACUCUGAAGUCCCGCAGUGCGAUGAAGAGUGGCCGACGCUCAGCACCAUUAUCGCGUUCCGUAACGCGGUACGGGACCGCUUGCUGGGGGUGUACGAUGAUAUCGAGUCGGGCAAGUUGACCUUGACGCGGAAGAUCGCUAGAGUUCUCCAUAUGACUCUCGAGCACGAGGGCUUGCAUGCUGAGACGCUCCUGUACAUGCUCAUCCAGCGAGCCGGCUCCGGCACGAUUCCUCCUCCGGACUUCACACCCCCGCCCUGGGCGUCGCUCGCGCAGACCUGGAAUGCGAUGCCGAAGCCGUCGAGCCCCACCGUCACGAUGGGUCCCGCUACCGUGACUCUCGGCCACGACGAUAUCGAAUCCGAGGACAAGCACCCCGAGAAGGCGACGGACGUCAAAGGUCACGAGUUCGGCUGGGACAAUGAAAGCCCACAGCGAUCGGAGGAAGUGAAAGAGUUCCGCAUCUCGUGGAGGCCGGUAACGAACGGGGAGUUCUACGCGUUCUACACGAGUGACGGCAAGAGCGACGUGACGCUGCCUGCUAGCUGGGUGGAGAUCGACGGCGAAAUCCAGGUCCGCACGCUCUACGGUCCAGUGCCGAUAAAGGUUGCUCUGGACUGGCCCCUCCUCACCUGCUACGACAACCUCUCCAAGUACGCGACCGUCAAAGGUGGUCGCCUGCCCACCGAGGCUGAGCUGCGUCUUUUCUACGACAAGUUCGAGUGUGGCUAUGAAGGCGGUGCCAACACUGGGUUUAGAAACUGGCACCCCGUCCCGGCGACGACGGGUGCGGGAAGGGGAGGCGGGAAGGGGCACAACGGAGGCGUGUGGGAGUGGACGUCGACCUUGUUUGACAAGUAUGAUGGCUUCGAGCCAUCUGCUUUAUACCCUGGCUAUUCAGCCGACUUCUUUGAUGGGCACCAUCAGGUCGUGAUCGGUGGAUCGUACGCGACCAUCCCUCGCAUCGCCGAUAGGCGCAGUGUCAGGAACUGGUACCAGCGCAACUACGCAUUCCCGUGGGUCGGCGGUCGUGUCGCCUACGAUAUCUAAGUACAGCACCUCAAAGGAGCAGGAAUGGACUUGUAAAAUUACAUGAGCAUCUUACAUUGAGUUAAAUCAUCCUUUGUACUACUCCACCGGGUUUGCAUUGUACACAUUGAAUGUCACUGUACAAUAUGAUCACUCCAAGCAUUGAUUGAACGACUCCGGUUCCUUGUCCUCGUUCACCUUGAUGAGCGGGGUUUCUACCUUGACGUUCGUGCCCCCUUCUUGAGACUUCCUGUGGUAUAAGAACUGCUGGGCGUAAUGCAGGCCCAAACGGCGGUCCUCGGCGCUCGACUCCGAGCCCAGCCAGACGUAGACGGCGGGAUGGUGGAACUGUCCGCUAUUAUCCAAGAGGUAGAUUCCGUCGGACAACAACGACGAGCGCAAUGUGUCGAGCUUGUCGUAUGUUGCGGAGCCUCCUUCCUUCACGAGCCUGUAGAGAGUGGUCGGGUGGGCUAUCUCCUCCGCACGCGUUUCCUUCUCCACUUCCGCUUCGGCCAGCUCGUCCGUGAAGAACAUGCCUGCGCCUGAUUCGCCCUCGUCGUACACCUUGACCUCGCACCGCCCAUCCCUCGCGUCAGCCAAGCUACGCACGAACUCGGCUGCCUUGAACUUGCCCUGCCCAAGCGAGCCUUUCGAAUUGAACUGCGUCACUUUGUCGCCCUUGUCCAGGACAUAGACGGAGCCCUGCGAGAGCGUCAAAUCCGCGCCUCUACUUGCACCACCGCUGCCCUCGCCCUCGCCCUCUUCGCCGUCAGCUCCCUUGGGCCGUGGUGGGGGGAGGCGAAUCUGCCGGAUAGCAACAUGCGACUUCGUCCCGGAUUUCGUUGUUGUGAUCGCGUACAGCCGAGGUUCCGUUAGCUCGGGGACCGAGGAGACGUGGUGGAAGCCGGUGGAGACACCGCCGUGCAGGACGGUGAUAUGCGGGAAGUAUGAGAGGAAGCGUGCGGAUUCGUGGCUCUGCACCUCGCGGUAUUGUGUCGGUGCGCCUCCCAGAUGGUCGUCAAGUUCCACGGUCUUGUAGGCAGCAGUUCCUGCCUCGUCCUGGCUGGUUUCUUCGCCCAGCCAGAAGUGGACAUCGUACGCCAUGGGUGCAUUCUCGCCCGCUUUGUAUGUGUGCAGCACGAUGUAGGAGUCCCCGCUGUAGAACGUCCCAUACUUCUCCUUCGGCCAGUCAUGCAGCUCGAACUUCUCCACCCUCCAGAUCUCGAGUCCUGCCUGUUGGACCGCUGCCUCCCAUGCUGCUUCCUUGUCGCCUGCGUGCUCUCUGACACGUUUCUCGAUGUCCGAUCCAAACAAGGCGAUGUUUGAGUCCUGGAUGUUGUAGGUAUCUGGUCUUGUGAGCAUGGCCAUGGUUGGUAUAGUCGUUGGGUAUCCACGCAGACUCGAG